AUGGCCGCCACAGCACAGGUGGCCAGCGCCGAUGGCCGUCCAAACCCCCAGAUACAACCAUGUAGAUACAAGGUCGGCAAGACACUGGGUGCAGGCUCAUACUCUGUUGUCAAAGAAUGUGUACACAUUGAUACCGGGCGGUACUAUGCUGCCAAGGUGAUCAACAAAAGGCUGAUGGCUGGGCGAGAACACAUGGUCCGGAAUGAGAUCGCCGUGCUCAAGAAGGUGUCCAUGGGCCACCAGAACAUCCUGACGCUGGUCGACUAUUUCGAGACGAUGAACAACCUGUACCUGGUUACGGACCUGGCACUGGGCGGAGAGCUGUUCGAUCGCAUCUGCCGCAAGGGCUCAUACUACGAAUCGGACGCAGCGGACCUGAUCCGCGCGACGUUGUCGGCCGUGGCCUACCUGCACGACCACGGCAUUGUACACCGCGACCUCAAGCCCGAGAACCUGCUGUUCCGCACGCCCGAGGACAACGCCGACCUGCUGAUUGCCGACUUUGGCCUCUCGCGCAUUAUGGACGAGGAGCAGUUCCACGUGCUGACCACGACGUGCGGCACGCCGGGCUACAUGGCGCCCGAGAUCUUCAAGAAGACGGGCCACGGCAAGCCGGUCGACCUGUGGGCGCUCGGCGUCAUCACGUACUUCCUGCUGUGCGGGUACACGCCCUUCGACCGGGACAGCGACUUUGAGGAGAUGCAGGCCAUCCUGAACGCCGACUACAGCUUCACGCCCGUCGAGUACUGGCGCGGCGUGUCCGACGCCGCAAAGGACUUCAUCCGCCGCUGCCUGACCAUCGACCCGGGCAAGCGCAUGACCGCGCACGAGUCGCUGCAGCACCCCUUCGUCGCGGGCUACCGCGGCGGCGAGGCCGGCGACAAGGGCGCCAACCUGCUGCCCACGGUCAAGAAGAACUUCAACGCCCGCCGCACACUGCACGCCGCCAUCGACACCGUCCGCGCCAUCAACAAGCUGCGCGAGGGCCAGCUGGCGGGCCUCAUGGACGGCGCGCGCAGCAAGGAGCCCGACCGCAGCCGCCAGGGCGGUAACAACAACAAUGGCGGCGGCGGCGGCGGGGCCCCGACGACGCGAAAGGACGACAGUGGCGUCAGCAUGGCCAGCAGCGGAGGCAGCGUGGGCCAGGACUCCGGAUACGGCACCCAGGCCGGCAGCGGCGACAUCACUAUGGACGAUGCGCCGCCGCUGGCCUCGUCUCAGGUGCCUGCGAGCCUCCGGCCAGGCAGCGCGGCGAACCGUGUGGUCGAGACGUCAAAGGGGCUGUGGACCGGCGCGGGCAGCCGAAGAUAA